AUGCAGGCGAUUGCAGAGCGGUAUUCAAAUCAAAGCGCCUUAGUGAAGGAACUGCAAUAUGACAACGAAGAAGGGCUUUCAAACGACUUCGUGAACGGUAGAUCGCAGUUUUCUCACCUCGCCCCUCACAUCGCAUUGCCACCCAUCUCAACUCCUCAGGAAUUCCUAAGAGCUCACACAGAUGACUCCCAGAACCCAGACUGUAAGAUCAAAAUUGCACACGGGACAACGACGCUGGCGUUCCGGUUCCAAGGUGGUAUUGUUGUGGCGGUUGACUCGCGUGCUACCGCAGGGUCGUGGAUAGCGUCACAGACCGUUAAGAAAGUAAUCGAAAUCAACCCAUUCCUGCUAGGAACUUUGGCUGGUGGUGCUGCUGACUGCCAGUACUGGGAAACUUGGCUAGGUGCGCAAUGCAGGCUCCAUGAAUUGAAGGAAAAGGAACGUAUUUCCGUGGCGGCUGCUUCAAAGAUCUUGAGUAAUUUGACUUACCAAUACAAAGGUGCUGGGCUCUCUAUGGGUACCAUGAUUUGUGGGUAUACGAAGAAAGAAGGUCCCACCAUUUAUUAUGUCGACUCAGAUGGAUCUAGGCUAAAGGGUGACUUAUUCUGUGUUGGAUCCGGACAGACAUUUGCCUACGGUGUUCUAGACUCCAAUUAUAGAUGGGAUCUAACGGUGGAAGAGGCACUCUAUCUAGGUAAAAGAUCCAUUCUGGCAGCAGCCCAUAGAGACGCUUAUUCUGGUGGUUCCGUCAAUUUGUACCACGUGACAGAGAGUGGUUGGGUCUUCCAUGGCAAUUUCGACGUCGACACGCUCUUCUGGGAAAUUAAAGCGAAAGAAGGCUCUUUCAACAACGUGGUAGGUUGA